AUGGGGCAACUCUUUUCCUGUCGUUGGGUCAAUAAAGACGCAGAGACAAUGCGCCCCUACGACCUAGAAGUUAUGUUGCAUGUACCCUGUCCAGGUCAAGAUUGGCAUGAUAUCCUAAGCCAGGUGGCUGGGGAGCUUGGCGAGCCCCCUGAUUCUGGCAUUCGUGUUCUCCAGCAGCCCAGCGAUACAAAUGGCAAACAGGGCUUGUUUGAGAUGGGUCCUAUUUACAUUGAGGUCAAAUCUAGCGCACCUCAUUCCAAUUCAGGCUCUGAAGAUGGUGCUGUUGACUUUGGAAGCAAACUUGAUCUUUGUGAGAUUUCUUUGCAUGAGGCAGUUUUUGCUUCGAAUGCUGGAUGGCGCUAUCAUUUGCUGCGUGUACGAUGGCCAUCGAAAUCCAGACCUGAUGCUCAAUUAAACAGACCUCGCGUGAUGCAUAUCCCAUAUCUGUCGCAGGAAUUGAAAAUGGCGCCUUUGCACGAUACUACAAGCGCCAUAAAGCUUUGUCUGGCUAUUUCAGGACAAUAG